GUGUUUUUAAAACAAAAGAAUCGGUAUUUUUCACUCGAACGUCACUAUCUGACGCUAGCUUGCUGAUAAAGGAUGCGCUGAAGAUGGCGAAGAGCUUGUUAAGAUGAAGUGUAAGCGUCGCUUAGCCGAAGCUGUAGGACAGCCCUGAGCCGAACGUGAAGCGCAGCGCACCUGCAUGUCUUCGGCCAACGACAGACCUCUGAUGGUAACUCACUUGCGAGCAGCAGAUUAUUCAACAAUUACUGAUCGUACAGUACAGACGUAAACUAAGUCAUACAUAAAUAUAUUGCCAAAGUGUCUGUGUUGAGAGAGAUUCUAACAAAAAGAGCGUUGUCAAAAAUAGUUAAGCCGAAGUAUAUUUAAAACAGAAAUAAGAACAAAAUCAAAUGGAUAAACCUAAGAGUAGCAAAGCUGCCAAAGGCACAGAAGUAUUCGAUUUACCUAAAUCGUACGCGACUAACAGUGCAGCAAGGAAAAGAACUCACAAAUAUCUUUCAAUCAAAGAUGAACCAAUCCACGUAUCUAAACAAGGCCCCCAUCACAUUGUGAGCACUACAGGUGUUGUCGAACAGGAUGCUGCUGCUUUCUCUGAUCAUUGCUUCACCGAACCCCUACGAAAGAUACGUGAAGACGAAUAUCUCCUAGUGCAAUAUCGUCCGACACCCUUUCGGGUGAGACAUAAGGUGAUACUUGAGAGUGAUGUCGUGCCUAUUUUAGCAGCGGGUGUCCACGAGGGUAACCAUAACCAUAAGGACGUCUUCGUGCCAGAAGGCGAGACUAUGUAUCAGGCAUGCGUGUUGGCACGCAACAAAAGUAAAGACUUCCUAGUCGGUGAAAUGGAUACAGUAAGGUCGAAAAUUAGUGCAGUUAUUGGCUUGACGUACUUGCGGCCGGAGGACUUGGAGGAAGAUGCUGUAACAAGGCCAGAAGGAAAUCCGUGGAUUUUAAUACAGUAUUCCGCUGACAAAGCCGAAUGUUCGCAUACAAUAAUGCGCUAUGAGGACUCAUUAUUACACGUAGAUAAUCCCUACCCAGGAUAUCAAGUUCUUACGAAAAUUGACGGUAAUUUUCAUCACGCACUAAUAAUAUUCAGAUCCCACAAUUAUGAAGAGGUGCUUAAAACACUACAUAACAUUUUCAACUCCUGUGUGAUCUCAAUAUAUCCACAAUUUAGUGAUAUGAGUUUUCGCCAAGAGGGCCUUAAGAAGUAUCAACGCACCGAUUUAUAUAAAACCGGCAGAGGUGUCGUCGACGAAGUUUGCGAGGGGGAUUUAGAAAUAAGUAAUCAAGUGGCCAAUUAUGUUGGCGCAGAGGCGUCAGCUAUGAAUAAAUUAUGUGAUCAAAUCAGGGUUGCGGAGGAGAAAAUGGCAACAACCUUAAAAGAACUUAAAAACCUAAAAAAAUAAUAGCAGCUGUUAAGGGCCUUUAAUUAUCUAUAUAUUUGUUUAUGUAGUUGUUGUUAAAUUAAUAAAUUUAGUCCAUUUUAUUAACGGACUUGAGAGUUAAUUAUUGAUUAGUUCUAUUAAUAAAUACCAAAAUAAUAACACAA